AUGGCGCCCACGCAGCAGCCCCGCGGCGGCGACGACCUCGGCCACGUCCUCGUCAUCGGCGGCAACGGCUUCCUCGGCCACCACAUCGUGACGCAGGCCCUCACGAGCCCCAAGUGGUCCGCCCGCGCCGUCACCUCGGUCGACCUGCGCUGCGACAAGAACCGCGUCGCCGGCGCCGCCUACCGCGAGUGCGACAUCACCGACGAGCCCCGCCUGCGCGCCCUCUUCGAGGAGCUGCGCCCGGACGUGGUCAUCCACACGGCCAGCCCCGUCGCCAGCGGCGAGACCAAGGUCGCCCGCGACCUCUACAAGAAGGUCAACGUGGGCGGGACCGCCGCUGUCGUCGCCGCCUGCCAGGCCGCAAAGGUCAAGGCCCUCGUCUACACUAGCUCCGCCAGCGUCAUCAGCGACAACGAGUCGGACCUGCGCAACGCCGACGAGCGCUGGCUCGUCAUCCGCGGCGCGCUGCAGCGCGAGUACUACUCCGAGACCAAGGCCGCCGCCGAGGAGCUCGUCAUCAAGGCCAACCGCCAGUCCCCCUCCAACCUCGUCACCACGGCCCUCCGCCCCGCCGGCAUCUUCGGCGAAGGCGACGCCCAGACCCUCGCCGGCUUCCUGCGCGCCUACCGCACCGGCAAGACCAACAUCCAGCUCGGCGACAACACCAACAUCUUCGACUUCACCUACGUCGGCAACGUCGCCCACGCCCACCUCCUCGCCGCCCGCGCCCUGCUCCUCACCGCCCGCGCCGCCACCGCGCCCCUCGACCACGAGCGCGUCGACGGCGAGGUCUUCUUCAUCACAAACGACGCCCCCUGCUACUUCUGGGACUUCGCCCGCGCCGUCUGGCGCGCCGCCGGCCACGACAAGGGCACCGAGGGCGUCUGGACCCUGUCCCGCGGCCUCGGCACCACCAUGGGCUUCGCCAGCGAGGUCGUCUUCGGCAUCCUCCAGAAGCCCCCCACCUUCACCCGCCAGCGCGCCGUCAUGUCCACCAUGACGCGCUACUACAACAUCACAAAGGCCAAGACGGUCCUGCGCUACGACCCCCCCUGGACCCUGCAGGACGGCGUCGACAGGGGCGUCGCCUGGUUCCUCGAGCAGGACAAGAAGGCUGCUGCCGCCGUCAAGGCGCAAUGA